AUUUAUCCCAGUGAAAAGGAGCGUCGGAGGUUGUAUGUGAGGACGGGACAAAGCAGCAUCAGCCUGGUUCAUCUGGCUGUGAUUUCUCCUUCUCUUCGGGAGAGGAGCAGAGGGACAUUCUGGACUGCAAGCGCUGCAGGCCCCACCAGUUCUCCCAGUCCUCUCACUUUGAAUGUCAUCUGAGAGAAGAGGUGGACGUAUCUUCAUCCAGACGGAAGGCAGCCUAGAAGCGCAGAACCAAGAUGGAAGGGCAAGAGCCAGCUGCCUCCCAGUUAGAAGUAUUUUCUUUUACUAUUGAGGAAGAGAACAAUAGAGCAUUCUGGGAGGACUCUUGGAGGAAAGACCAGGAGAGCAGUCCGCACCAUCCAGACCUUCAGGGCCAGCGCUUCCGGCAUUUCCACUAUGAGGAGGCCUUGGGGCCCCGAGAGGUCUGCAGCCGGCUCCACUCUCUCUGCCGCCUGUGGCUGAAGCCCGAGCGACACUCCAAGACAGAGAUGCUGGACCAGGUGAUCCUGGAGCAGUUCAUGGCCAUCCUUCCUGCGGAGAUGGAGCGCUGGGUGAGGGAAUGUGGGGCAGAGACCAGUUCCCAGGCCGUGGCUUUGGCUGAAGGAUUCUUCCUGAGUCAGGAAGAGGAGAAGAAGAGGGAGAAGCCCCAGGUGCAGGACCCUUUUGCAGAUGAGACCAGUCAGGUGGAGGAGUCUCCUUCAGACACCAUGUGCAUUGCCCAGACUGGAAAUGGAGCCUAUGUGACAGUUGGUAGUGAAACAUGGCCAAGUGAUAGUAGCACAACUUUUCAUGAUUCUUUCCUAAGAAGAGAUUCUGUGGGACCAGAUCAGGUGACUUUUGAAGAUGUUUCUGUGGAUUUCUCAGAGGAAGAGUGGGCCCUAUUGGAUCCGAGCCAAAAAGCCUUGCACCAGCAAAUCAUGGAGGAGAAUUUGGGGAUUGUGUCAUCUCUGGGAGAAAGUCCAUGUAUAAACAUCCUUGUUCGUCACCGGGCAACUCACACAGGGGAGAAGCCAUUUAAAUGCUUGCAGUGUGAAAAAAGCUUCUGUCAUAAGAGAAAUCUUAUUACUCAUCAGACAAUUCACACAGGAGAGAAGCCGUUUCAAUGCUUGCAGUGUAAGAAGGGCUUCAAUCAAAAGAAAGACCUUAUUCGUCAUCAGGCAACUCACACAGGAGAGAAGCCAUUUCAAUGCUUGCAGUGUGAAAAGAGCUUCAGUGAAAAGAGCAGCCUUGUACGUCAUCAGGCAAUUCACAAAGGAGUGAAGCCAUUUAAAUGCUUUCAGUGUGAAAAGAACUUCAGUCACAAGAGCAAUCUUAUUAGUCAUCAGGCAACUCACACAGGAGAGAAGCCAUUUCAAUGCUUGCAGUGUGAAAAAAGCUUCAGUCAAAAGCAACACCUUACUCGUCAUCAGGCAAUUCACACAGGAGAGAAGCCAUUUCAAUGCUUGCAGUGUAAAAAGAGCUUCAGUGAAAAGAGCAGCCUUAUUUGUCAUCAGGCAACUCACACAGGAGAGAAGCCAUUUCAAUGCUUGCAGUGUGAAAAGACCUUCAGUCUAAAGAGAAACCUUAUUCGUCAUCAGGCAACUCACACAGGAGAGAAGCCAUUUAAAUGCUUGCAGUGUGAAAAGAGCUUCAGUCAUAAGAGCAAUCUUAUUAGUCAUCAGGCAACUCACACAGGAGAGAAGCCAUUUAAAUGCUUGCAGUGUGAAAAGAGCUUCAGUCAAAAGGGAAACCUUAUUAGUCAUCAGAAAACUCACACAGGAGAGAAGCCAUUUAAAUGCUUGCAGUGUGAAAAGAGCUUCAGUGAAAAGAGAAACCUUAUUCGUCAUCAGAAAACUCACACAGGAGCAAAGACAUACAAAUGCAUAGUAUUGAAAGAGCUUCAGUCAAAAGAGCAGUCUUCAGUUGGACAUCGUACCUUGUUGGUCAUCAAGCAACUCGCAGCAAAGGAAAACAAGCGGAGAACCAAGAUGGAAGGGCAAGAGCCAGCUGCCUCCCAGUUAGAAGUAUUUUCUUUUACUAUUGAGGAAGAGAACAAUAGAGCAUUCUGGGAGGACUCUUGGAGGAAAGACCGGGAGAGCAGUCCGCUCCAUCCAGACCUUCAGGGCGAGCGCUUCCGGCAUUUCCGCUAUCAGGAGGCCUUGGGGCCCCGAGAGGUUUGCAGCCGCCUCCACUCUCUCUGCCGCCUGUGGCUGAAGCCAGAGCGACACUCCAAGGCGGAGAUGCUGGACCUGGUGCUCCUGGAGCAGUUCCUGGCCGUCCUUCCUGCGGAGAUGGAGCGCUGGGUGAGGGAAUGUGGGGCAGAGACCAGUUCCCAGGCCGUGGCUUUGGCUGAAGGAUUCCUCCUGAGUCAGGAAGAGGAGAGGAAGCAGGAGAAGCCCCAGGUGCAGGACCCUUUUACAGAUGAGACCAGUCAGGUGAAGGAGUCUCCUUCAGACACCAUGUGCAUUGCCCAGACUGGAAAUGGAGCCUAUGUGACAGUUGGCAGUGAAACAUGGCCAAGUGAUAGUAGCACAACUUUUCAUGAUUCUUUCCUAAGAAGAGAUUAUGUGGGACCAGAUCAGGUGACUUUUGAAGAUGUUUCUGUGGAUUUCUCAGAGGAAGAGUGGGCACUCUUGGAUCCGAGCCAAAAAGCCUUGCACCAGCAAAUCAUGGAGGAGAAUUUGGGGAUUGUGUCAUCUCUGGGAGAAAGUCCAUGUAUAAACAUCCUUGUUCGUCACCGGGCAACUCACACAGGGGAGAAGCCAUUUCAAUGCUUGCAGUGUGAAAAAAGCUUCUGUCAUAAGAGAAAUCUUAUUACUCAUCAGACAAUUCACACAGGAGAGAAGCCGUUUCAAUGCUUGCAGUGUAAAAAGGGCUUCAAUCAAAAGAAAGACCUUAUUCGUCAUCAGGCAACUCACACAGGAGAGAAGCCAUUUCAAUGCUUGCAGUGUGAAAAGAGCUUCAGUGAAAAGAGCAGCCUUGUACGUCAUCAGGCAACUCACACAGGAGAGAAGCCAUUUCAAUGCUUGCAGUGUGAAAAAAGCUUCAGUCAAAAGCAACACCUUACUCGUCAUCAGGCAAUUCACACAGUAGAGAAGCCAUUUCAAUGCUUGCAGUGUGAAAUGACCUUCAGUCUAAAGAGAAACUUUAUUAGUCAUCAGGCAACUCACACAGGAGAGACGCCAUUUAAAUGCUUGCAGUGUGAAAAGAAAUUCAGUCAAAAGAGAUACCUUAUUAGUCAUCAGAAAACUCACACAGGAGAGAAGCCAUUUAAAUGCUUGCAGUGUGAAAAGAGCUUCAGUCAAAAGGGAAACCUUAUUAGUCAUCAGAAAACUCACACAGGAGAGAAGCCAUUUAAAUGCUUGCAGUGUGAAAAGAGCUUCAGUGAAAAGAGAAACCUUAUUCGUCAUCAGAAAACUCACACAGGAGCGAAGACAUACAAAUGCAUAGUAUUGAAAGAGCUUCAGUCAAAAGAGCAGUCUUCAGUUGGACAUCGUACCUUGUUGGUCAUCAAGCAACUCGCAGCAAAGGAAAACUAGAGUGGAUAGAUCUGCAGUUGAAACACAAGUCUUCUUUUUAAAUUGUUAACCCAUAUGGAAGAAAUGGGCUAAAGUGAAGUUCCUUUGUUUUACAUCAGAGGGGGCAUGGAUCUUUGUUACAGAAACAAUAAGUUAAAAAGCCAUGGCUUUUGGUGAAAAUAAUAAUCUGACCAAUUUUCUUCGAUGAAAUAUCCCAUUAAGCAUAACUGAUAAUAUUUUGAGAGCUAAAGGAAAGAUAUUUCUGGAUUUUUCAUCCAUUCAUGUAUUCUGGUUAAUGCAAAUAUAUUCCUGUCAUGUAUAUUCAGGAUUAAAAAUACAUUUAAAUGAGAUUUUUGAUUCAAAGUGAGGGAAUGGAUUUCAUGUAGUUAUAUGUAUGUGGGAUUGAAUUUUCUUGUAUGAAAUAACUAAGAAAGAAUCACUGAGAAAUAGUUUUCUAUUUAUUCAUGCUUACUAGUUUCUGUGAAUCUUUCUUGUCCUAUCAAUAACAUAUAAAAAAUAAUUAAUCAAA